CCCUGUCCAAGGCAGCUGGAGUCAGAGAAAAGAAAAACUAAGAGGAGGGGGCACACGCGCACACAGCCACAGCAAAAUGCAUGCCUGUUAGAGGAGGGAUCUUCAUAGCAUGAGACUGUGGUCUAGAGAAGAGCAAAGACACUAAAGGGUCUGGCAGAGGUGGCUCAGCGUUGUUUGGCUAAUCCCUUUUUCCUGCUAUAUAGCUGACACUAAGAAAGUACAGUAAAAGUCCAACUGUAACAAGAUGGGAUCCGGCUCCUCAACUUACCGACCCAAGUGUAUUUAUUUGGAUAUUGAUGGAAGAAUUCAAAAGGUGGUCUUCAGUAAAUACUGCAAUUCCAGAGAUAUUGUGGACCUCUUCUGCAUUGCAACUGGGUUACCAAGGAACACAACUAUCUCACUUUUGACGGUUGAUAAUUGCAUGGUAUCUAUCGAUCCAACAAUGCCAGCAAACUCAGAGAGUACUCCGUAUAAAGUGAGACCUGUGACCACUGGACAGUUAUCAGAGAAAGAGGAAUUGUUCCAGAGUGUACUGACACAGAUUGCCGAACAAUUCUCAAGGGUGUUUAAAAUCAAUGAACUGAAAACUGAAGUAGCAAAUCACUUGGCAAUGCUGGAGAAAAAAGUUGAACUGGAAGGACUGAAAGUAGUAGAGAUCGAGAAAUGCAAGAGUGACAUUAAAAAAAUGAGGGAGGAAAUGGCAGCAAGAAGCACCAGGACCAGCUGUCCCUGUAAGUACAGCUUCUUAGAUGACAACAAGAAGUUGACACCCCGAAGAGACGUACCAUCCUAUCCAAAGUACAUGCUGUCUCAGGAGACCAUAGAAGCACUUCGGAAACCAACGUUUGACGUCUGGCUGUGGGAGCCCAAUGAGAUGCUGAGUUGUUUGGAACAUAUGUACCAUGAUCUCGGAUUGGUGAAAGACUUUAAUAUCAACCCCAUCACACUGAAGAAAUGGUUGCUGUGUAUUCAUGACAAUUACAGAAACAACCCGUUCCAUAAUUUUCGGCACUGCUUCUGUGUGACUCAGAUGAUGUACAGUAUGAUCUCACUCUGCAAUCUCCAGGAGAAAUUUCCCCAAGUUGAUAUCUUAAUUCUAAUGACUGCCGCAGUAUGCCAUGAUUUGGAUCAUCCAGGAUACAACAACACCUACCAGAUUAAUGCCCGAACAGAGCUUGCAGUGCGCUACAAUGACAUCUCCCCACUGGAGAACCAUCACUGUGCUGUGGCUUUCCAGAUCAUUGCCCAGCCAGAAUGCAACAUUUUCUCCAAUGUCACUCAGGAACAAUUCAAACGGAUAAGACAGGGGAUAAUUACAUUAAUCUUGGCAACAGACAUGGCAAGACAUGCAGAAAUACUGGACUCUUUCAAGGAAAAAAUGGAUAAUUUUGAUUACUCAAAUGAGGAACAUGUGACCUGUUUGAAGAUGGUACUGAUAAAAUGUUGUGAUAUCUCAAAUGAAGUCCGCCCGAUGGAAGUAGCGGAACCAUGGGUAGAUUGCUUAUUAGAGGAAUAUUUUAUGCAGAGUGACCGAGAAAAGUCUGAGGGACUUCCAGUGGCACCUUUCAUGGACCGAGAUAAAGUGACCAAACCAACAGCACAGAUUGGGUUCCUUAAGUUUGUCCUGAUCCCAAUGUUUGAAACAGUGACAAAGCUUUUUCCAGAAGUUGACGAAGUGAUGCUCCAACCUCUUUGGGAAUCCAGGGACCGCUAUGAGGAAUUAAAACAACUAGAUGAUGCUAUGAAAGAGUUGCAAAAGAAGAAAAGCACAAGUUUGACAACUGACAGCACACAGAAGUGAAAAGAAAAACACUCUGAGCUACACAAAAGUCACAAGAACAGAACUGAUGAGACCUUAAAGGUCUGUUGUGUUUGUUCACGGAGUGGAUUGAUGCAGCUAAGUAUCAUGGGAUCCUUCAGCCCAGAGGAAAGAUGGUAGAAAGCCGCCGAGACCAUGGCAAGAACAUAUUUUCUAAGAACUGUUGCUAUCCUCAUGGAUGCAAAAAAAGGAAACUUUGAUGUAUAGUUUUGUUUUUUUUCAACUGCUCUUCUAAAUAAUAUAUUCUUAUACAAACCUGGGUGCUGUAAUUAUUUCCUUUCAUAGAUGUGUAUAUAAAGAACUGCUCCUGUUCCCAAAGAAAAAUGUUUUCAUAAUAUGUACAUGGAGGAAGGGGUUGGGUGUUGGACUUUUUAGAAGAGACAUUUUAUAAACAUUUGUAUGUGGUAUAGUGUAUGUCAUAACAGUAAGAACAGAAAAAUGCUUUAUUAUUCAUGUAUGGUUAUGUAAAUAUUAGGAGCUAAAUCCUGCCCUGGUGUAUACCCACAGGACACUAACCCUCACAUGGUUACUAAAGGAAAGGGAGAAAAAGUUUGACUCUGGUGGUCUAGUAGUGUUGAUAUGCACUGACAUGUGGGAGAGGCAGGUUUAUUUACAAGGCCUAGUCCCUCCCGCCCCUGCCACUCUACUGAGGGCCAGAUUGUGACACAUCCCUGUGCAAGAAUACAAGGGAGGAGAAGGAGGGGUAAGGAAGCAUUGUUUCUUGUGCCCCUGCUGCAGGGGUGAGCCCCAAUCUUAGUCCUGGAGCAAUCCUGAGUGCAGGAACUGGUCCCUGCUAGCACUGGCUGGGACACUAGCUGCCAGAGUUGGCCAGCUGCACAAUGGAGUCCCCCUGCUGGGGUGUAUCCAUGGGUGUGCUCUGUCUUGACAACUGCCCUCUUGGCUGACACAUGGGGAACUGAGCAGGAGAUGUCCAAACUGAAAACAUGAGCUGCUACAGCUUGAGCUAAAUAGCCAAAGCUCUGUAGCUAGGGACUGCAACAACUCCUAUCCUCUGGGUCUCGACACAGAGGGGCAGAUGUAGCACAUGUUCACCCAGGGUUACAUCUGCACACAAGGGAAUUCUAAGUGGCAUGCGCAAUAGUGCCAGUGCUGGAGUGGUGCUCCUCCAUUCCGCCCCCAAUGAAGGUUCAUGGCUAGAAGCCACAACAGAGCCUGGAACGGAGUUCCACAUGUAUUACCGAGGGCAAAAUUUGGCCCUAGGUUUUUUAAUCUUCACAUGACAGAAGUGUAAGAAGUAUUGCACUGUAGCUUUCACAUGGGUAUGCUUUUAAUCAGACUCUUUUGGUGGAAGAAAACAGGCUGCCAUUUCUGUGCUUUGUCUCCUAGGUUAUUCUGUGGUUGUGCUAUAAAUAUGCAGAGUAGCACAUAAGGAAGGCAUAGUGCCCACGAAUGCUCGUGUUUCUCUUUGAAGGGCACACACACUGAAGCCAUAUGUCUGCAAGCUUCAAAGCUGCAUGUGAAGUCUUAGCUCAUUUUAAAAAGAAAGAAGAAGGUGGGUGGCUAGUCCUCCUUCCUCAUGACACAGGCAACACUUUGGGAAUCUCAGGCUUUCCUUUCUAGGAGUACCAAGUGACUAACACUUGCUCUUUUCAGCAUUGAAUAAUAAUCUUUCUUGCUUUUUGUACAGUGCUCUGGCAUUUCAAAGCCUUUAUUCUCCUCUAGUUUGUGUGUGUUAAUUCUCAGCUUAACAUUGUUUCUCCCGGGGUGGAUAUCCCAGUAUUGUGAUCUGCUCUCCAGUCCUCCACAGACUGGACACCUCCUUGAAAUCUUCAACUCUUUCCCCACUUCCUGCUUGGCUGCCCCAAUAGCAGAACCACCGUGGGUGGUGCUGACUUUUCCUGUUGGUAGCAAGAAGCAAAGCCCAGAUUUGAACACCCCGACAAGGAAAGGUUCUAAACCCAGAUUCAUAUGCAAGGUAUACAAAUACCUUCAUCAUACACCUCUACCCCGAUAUAAUGCCACCCAAUAGAACACUAAUUCAGAUAUAACGCGGUAAAGCAUCGCUCCGGGGGGGGCAGGGCUGCGCACUCCGGCGGAUCAAAGCAAGUUCGAUAUAACGCGGUUUCACCUAUAACGCAAAAAGAUUUUUUGGCUCCCAAGGACAGCGUUAUAUCGGGGUAGAGGUGUACAAUGAUCCAAAUACCCCUGAACUCUGUGAUGUCUGAGAACUGAAUCUGAAUUUUGCAGCUACCUGUCUUUAGUAAAUAUUAUACUCCAGAGUUCAUGAUGAACCAGAUUCAUUUUGCUGUGGAGUUCCUGGUUUCUUUUCACAAGGGAAUCAAAUUUACCAUCUCCAGUUAAGUGGAUUUCCUCCACAAAUCAGCCCCCAAAGCAGAUGUGCUGUGUAGUAAUUACAAACAAUUGCUUUAUAAUAUACCAAGUCCUGCAUUCAACCAGAGCAUUAAAUGAGAAAACCUCUUGUAAUAAGACCGUCUGCCUCACCCCACUCAUAAUAAAGAUUUUUAAGUGUUUAUUAUUAUGUUGUGUUACCUCAGAGAUUUCAUUUCAACUGAAAGACUCUUCAGCAAACCAAAGCGCUGAGUCUCCAAGCAUUUGCUUAACUUUACACACGAUAGUCUCAUAGACAUUAAUGGAACUCCACACAUGCAUAAAGUUAAGCGUGUGCAUAAGCAUUUUCAGGAUCAGGGCUCAUCAUGAGCUUGAGCCUUCUCCCAUUGAAAUGAAUGAGUUUUGUAAUUGACUUCAGUGGAAUGAAGCUAAUUCCCCAUCAUGUUUAAAGGUAGCCUGAAAUCUCGGAUUUACUUCUGAAGGGAGAUCACUAUAAAGGACACUGGUGCAACCCUCCUGGCUUUAAUGUAGGUGCAUCAGUAUUACUGAGAGGAGAAUUUGGCUCUUACUCAAGCAUAUGCUAAUAUCUAUAAUAUAUGUGUGUGUGUGUGUGUUAUGUCAUCUCAAAUUCUUUUUCCUCUUCCAUGCACUCUCAUUUAAGUGAUCUUUCUGUUGACAGAGUUAUUUUUCCCGUUGGAUAUGAUGGUUAAGAGAGUAUCCAACUCUCUCUAUCUUGUAACAUAUACUGCAGUUAACUAAAGGAACAUGAAAAGUGCAGGCAGCUGUUUACACGAAUUGAAAACAAGACCCCUUGUUUUAUUAACCAGCUACUGAUAUAAACUGGAAGGCCCCAUCACUUAUUUUGGCCCCUCUGUGUUUGCAGUGGUUUCCAAGCAGUCCCUGUCCAAUUUAUGUUUAAUUACGGGGAUUGGAAGGCAUCCUCUCUUAAUUCUAGUUUUCACCUGUCUUUCCAUAAUAUUUGAUAUUGUGAUUCAUAUGUAAAUGAAUGGAUUUGAUAAAUCCUGGCAAUUAGCCCUUUCAAUUGUCAUGCAUUUUCAGUCUGACAUUUGAAAUCUAUACUUAGCAUAAAAAUGGAGCUUUUGGAGACAUCCAGACAGGCAUCUGAAGUAUGAUUUAAUCAUUUUUUUCUAACCCGGUCAAGUAUAUAUCUAUGAAUGUUAUAUUGUAAUAUUAUUUUUGACUCUGUGAUAUGUGCCUUACAAAAUGUUACACUGUCUGCUGCUCAUAUCCUUUGAGCAUCAUUAUUAUCCUGAGUGCGUUCCAGCCCAGUAUUUUUACCAUUAUCCUUAGAAUCAUAAGCAAAUACAAAAGAAUUUAUAUCUGUUCCACAUUUUUGGCUUGGGAAACCAAGCUAAGGCUCUGUUUUGUUUUUAAAUAGAGAGAUUUCCCCUGAGUCCUGUACACACUUCACUCUUGCGCAGAGCAUUUCUAAUCAGAUCAAAGUAAGGUCAUAUAUCAUAACUACAUAGCUGGGAAAGAGACAGCUUUAAAAACUUGAAUACUCCACAGCAGCCAAUUUUAAAGGAAAGUUUCGUGCAUGUUAAAUACACGGACUAUGUAAUGCCAAAUAAAUAUCUGUACAUGGAAAUUGCUAAUAUCAGAGCUGCCUCUGUGGUGUAAUAAUAGUAGCAUCUGUUCCCUAUGGCAGUGAAGCACAAUACUGGUACUGAGGAUGAACCCAUCGUGAAAAGAAAUGUCAGACAGUAUUUAAUUUUCCCAUUUAAAUCAUGGGCUAUUGUU